GGAAGGAGAGGUGAUGUGUCUUUAGGUAGAGUGAAGUUCCAGCCCUUCAUCACUGAAAGGUAUGUUUCCUCCUAACCUAGUUUGCCAGCAAGCAUUGCUGCUUUCAGGAAGUCACACCUGGCACAUUUCUGAAGGAGCCUGACUCGGAUCAGACGUUCGCUAAGUUCUUUUAAAUGGAUGGAAUUUGGACUGCCCUUCAGGCCAAACGGGAGACUCAUCUGGUGUUGAAGAAGUUCCUUUACAGGCUCAUAAGGGAUGUUUACAGAGCGGGUGAGCCCAGUAAUGGCAAUGAGAUUUUCUAUGAUGCCAAAAUCAAGCUGUCGAGCAAAAGCAUGAGUGCAAUCCGUUCGUUUCUGAGGGAUGCAGACAGUUCAACAACAGAGCCUCUGGAUGAUGCUCUAAGUGGCAUUCUGGUGGACAUUACUCGUACUCGCAUGAGUUUGUUACCCGGUCCAGAAUUGAUCGAUGGAGGCGAUCGCGGCCUAAUAUUAGCAGUAAGCAGAUUCAUUUUAUAG